AUGUUUGAUAAAAAGUUUUUAGUUGUUUUCAAUAUAAUAAUAAUAAUAAUAAUACUAUUGUUAACUACAUAUAGUAAAUGUAGUAAAAAUCAAACAAAAAAUUUGAUAACUGUUAGGUUAAGUAAAGGUUUGGUCAAUGGUCUACGGGAUAGCUAUGAUGGCCACGAGUUGAACGUAUUUUUGGGUAUACCCUAUGCACAGCCACCGGUAGGUAGGCUACGAUUUCGUCGACCGUUACCAUUGGACAACAAACCUUGGACUAAACCAUUGGAUGCCCGACACUGGGCAAUGGCAUGUUAUCAUAAGAUAUUUCAUACGGAUUACUAUACUCAUAGGCAAAGCGAGGACUGUCUGUAUUUGAACAUAUGGUCACCGACUAGUAGUAGUAGUAGUAGUAGGAGUAGGAGUAGGAGUAGGAGUAGUAGGAAAUUAAAAGCUGUCCUAUUUUGGAUACACGGCGGUGGUCUGGUAUGGGGAUCGGCAGCCGAAAAGUUUUACAACGGCACAGUAUUGGCAGCACUGGGCGAUUUGGUGGUCGUUACUAUUAACUAUAGGCUUAACGGGUUCGGGUUGUUGUACCGGGAAGGAGCCGAUGGACGGGCACCGGGCAAUCAAGGACUAUGGGAUCAGACAAUGGCUAUGAAAUGGGUACAGAAAAACAUCCGAUCGUUUGGCGGCGAUCCCCUACGGGUAACCAUUGCUGGCCAGAGUGCUGGCGGCGAAUCGGUAACCGCACAUAUUAUGUCACCAGUUAGUCGUCAAUUGUUUAGCCGGGCUAUUGUUAUGUCGGGUGCAUUGGUUAGCCAACGGUCAAUGACUACGGCUUCGCUGGCCGAACAUUUAUGGUCGACGGCUGCCACCCGAAUUGGUUGUCCCGCGAACCCGACGGGUGGUGGCGGUGGCCAUAGUAGCAAUCAAACCCUAGUGGCAACUAUUACACCCGAAAUGCUAGACUGUCUGCAAAGUAAACCGGCCGGCUUUAUACUUGAGCUAUACUAUAAGCUAGACUAUCGAGGAGCCACUGGACGACCAUUUCAGCUACUGGUUCCCGAUAAUCAACUAAUACCCCUGAACUACCAGUCCCGGCUUCAAACUGGCCAAUUCAAACAGGGUCUGAAUCUAUUGAUUACUACUACCCAGGAUGAGGGUAGUCCAUUGAUACACUUAGAGGAAGAUCAUCAUAGAUAUGCUAAUAGUAAACCCAAUCCGAUUGACUACCUGGGUGCUACCAAGGAGCUCGCCAAUAUAAUUUCCCUAUAUUUUAAUCAAGUAGACAAUCAAACUGUAGAGUCAAUCAACAAAUUUUAUUUUACUGGACUGUCCAACGGGUCGGAUGUCAAUACCCUGAGCCAGCAGUUGGGCAUAGCUUUCGGUGACCUACGUAUUGGUUGUCCGACUAUACUAUUUGGUCAAAUGGUUUGGCAGGCCGAUCCCCGAGCAGCCCAGGUCUAUCAAUACUAUUACAAUAGUAAACUGGGCCGAUGGCCAAAAGUAUACUGUGCCCAAUGGAUGGGUGCCUGUCAUAUGGAUGAUAUAUACUAUGUUUUUGGUCUACCAUUUCUCGAUCCCGGAAACUAUCAACCAGAGGAACGUCUACUUUCCCGGGAAAUGCUAGAUGUUGUGACACGGUUUGUCAAAACUGGUAGACCAUCAGCGGGUGUUGGCCAAUGGCCAGCCUAUUAUAAUAUGACUAUCGGCAACAUUAGUACACUAAUUAAACCGUACUAUGAGUUUAACAAUAGUCAGAAAUUUCCUACAAAUUUUGGCUAUAAUUUAAAACAUAUUGAAUGCAAUCGUAUUUGGAGUCAAUUAUUAUUAUUAUAA